CAAUGUUAGUAUAAGAACUGUGAAAUAGUGUUGAGGGAAGGUGACAUCACGACUCUGGACACAGAUGCUAUUGUUAAUGCUGCAAAUGGCAGACUGGAACACAGAGGAGGAGUUGCUGCAGCCAUUGUGAAGAAAGGUGGGUCUGAAAUUCAAACUGAAUCUAACAAAAUUAUGAAAGAAAGAAGGAGUGAACUGAAAACUGGAGAAGUAGUGUCAACUAAAGCUGGUAAACUCAAAUGCAAGACUAUCAUUCAUGCUGUUGGACCUGUUUGGAAUAAUGGAUGGAAUCAGGAAAUGGAUUACCUUUCAAGAGCUGUUCAAAAUUGUUUGACAGUUCUUGAAGAAAAGUCUUAUACAUCAAUUGCAAUUCCUGCCAUCAGUACUGGUAUUUUUGGUAUACCCAUAGAAGAAGGAACCAAAUGUACAGUAACAGCUAUAAAGGAAUAUCUUGAUACUUACUCAAAUUCUAAAAUAAAACAUAUUUGUUUGAUUGAUAUACGGAAGGAUGUAAUCAGAGCUUUUAAGCUUCAUCUAGAAAUGGUGUUUGGAAUCAGUGAAAGCAGAGGAACCACAUCAUUCAACGCAUCCCUUCUUGGUCUACAACAGAAAGCAGCCCCUAUGACACCCAGAACUAAUAUGGCAUCCAGAGAAAAUGAUGGCAUCAAAAUACAACUAAUGAUUGAUUCAAUUUCUAAUGCAUCUGUUGAUGUCAUCAUUAACAGCACCAAUAAAAUCCUCCAGCUUAAUGAUGGUUCUAUCUCCAAAUUUAUUCUCAAUGCUGCUGGUCCAGAGAUACAAUAUGAAUGUAACCAGAAAUAUCCUCAAGGUAUUUCUACAUCUGAAAUAGCCAUCACUAAAGGAUAUGACCUCAAAUGUAAGAAAGUAUUUCAUCUGGCAUUACCUUCCUGGGAUGAAUAUUCCUCUAAUUCAAUUCUGGCAAACUUGACUCAAAUAAUAACCAUUUGUCUGGAAGAAGCUGAGAGAAUGGGAGCAAAGAGCCUUGCAUUUCCUAUAUUAGGGCCUGAAAUGAAAUACCCCAUUGAAAAACUACCCAGAACAAUGUCUGAAGCAGUGAAAAGCUACUCAGAUCUGAAUUCAAGCCAGAUCAAAGAUGUUUACUUUGUGGUUUUACCUGAAGAAGACAGAGAAAUAGCAAAGAAAUUUGAAGAAUAUCUCCAAAAUAAAGCCGAAAAUGAAGGAAUGAUGGAUAAACAGGAAAAGGAAAGAUUUCAUUCAAAAGACACCACAUCAUCAAACACAUCUCUUCAUGUUUCGCAAAAGGAAAUCUCUUCUGUGGCACCCAGAAAUAAUGAGACAUCCAGAGAAAAUGCUGGCAUCAAAAUACAACUAUCGACUGAUUCAAUUUCUAAUGCAUCUGUUGAUGUCAUCGUUAACAGCACCAAUAAAAGCCUCCAGCUUAACAGUGGUGCUGUCUCCAAAUCUAUUCUCAAUGCUGCUGGUCCACAAAUACAAAAUGAAUGCAACGAGGAAUAUUCUCGAGGUAUUUCUAUAUCUGAAAUUGCCGUCACUAAAGGAUAUAACCUCAACUGUAAGAAUGUAUUUCAUCUGGCAUUACCUUACUGGAAUGAAUAUUCCUCUGAUUCAAAAUUUGAAGAAUAUCUCCAAAAUAAAGCCGAAAAUGAAGGAAUGAUGGAUAAACAGGAAAAGGAAAGAUUUCAUUCAAAAGACACCACAUCAUCAAAAACAUCUCUUCAUGUUUCGCAAAAGGAAAUCUCUUCUGUGGCACCCAGAACUAAUGAGACAUCCAGAGAAAAUGCUGGCAUCAAAAUACAACUAUCGACUGAUUCAAUUUCUAAUGCAUCUGUUGAUGUCAUCGUUAACAGCACCAAUAGAAGCCUCCGGCUUAACAUUGGUGCUAUCUCCAAAUCUAUUCUCAAUGCUGCUGGUCCACAGAUACAAGAUGAAUGUAACCAGAAAUUUCGUCGAAGUAUUUCUACAUCUGAAAUUGCCAUCACUAAAGCAUAUAAGCUCAACUGUAAGAAUGUAUUUCAUCUGGCAUUACCUUACUGGAAUGAAUAUUCCUCUGAUUCAAUUCUGGCAAACUUGACUCAAGUAAUAACCACUUGUCUGGAAACUGCUGAGAGAAUGGGAGCAAAAAGCCUGGCAUUUCCUAUAUUAGGGGCUGAAAUGAAAUACCCCAUUGGAAAACUACCCAGAACAAUGUAUGAAGCAGUGAAAAACUACUCAGAUCAAAAUUCAAGCCAGAUCAAAGAUGUUUACUUUGUGGUUUUACCUGAAGAAGACAGAGAAAUAGCAAAGAAAUUUGAGGAAUAUCUCCAAAAUAAAGCCGAAAAUGAAGGAGUUCAUUCAAAAGACACCACAUCAUCAAACACAUCUCUUCAUGUUUCGCAAAAGGAAAUCUCUUCUGUGGCACCCAGAACUAAUGAGACAUCCAGAGAAAAUGAUGGCAUCAAAAUACAACUAUCGACUGAUUCAAUUUCUGAUGCAUCUGUUGAUGUCAUCGUUAACAGAACCAAUAAAAACCUCUACCUUAACAUUGGUGCUAUCUCCAAAUCUAUUCUCAAUGCUGCUGGUCCACAGAUACAAAAUGAAUGUGACGAGGAAUAUCCUCGAGGUAUUUCUACAUCUACAAUAGCCAUUACUAAAGGAUAUAACCUCAACUGUAAGAAUGUAUUUCAUCUGGUAUUACCUUACUGGAAUGUAUAUUCUUCUGAUUCAAUUCUGGCAAACUUGACUCAAAUAAUAACCAUUUGUCUGGAAAAUGCUGAGAGAAUGGGAGCAAAAAGCCUGGCAUUUCCUAUAUUAGGGGCUGAAAUGAAAUACCCCAUUGGAAAACUACCCAGAACAAUGUAUGAAGCAGUGAAAAACUACUCAGAUCAAAAUUCAAGCCAGAUCAAAGAUGUUUACUUUGUGGUUUUACCUGAAGAAGACAGAGAAAUAGCAAAGAAAUUUGAAGAAUAUCUCCAAAAUAAAGGCGAAAAUGAAGGAAUGAUGAAUAAACAGGAAAAGGAAAGAUUUCAUUCAAAAGACACCACAUCAUCAAACACAUCUCUUCAUGUUUCGCAAAAGGAAACCUCUUCUGUGGAGCCCAGAACUAAUGAGACAUCCAGAGAAAAUGCUGGCAUCAAAAUACAACUAUCGACUGAUUCAAUUUCUAAUGCAUCUGUUGAUGUCAUCGUUAACAGCACCAAUAAAGAACUCCAGCUUAACUGUGGUGCUAUCUCCAAAUCUAUUCUCAAUGCUGCUGGUUCACAGAUACAAUAUGAAUGUAACCAGAAAUAUCCUCAAGGUAUUUCUACAUUUAAAAUAGCCAUCACUAAAGGAUAUAACCUCAACUGUAAGAAUGUAUUUCAUCUGGCAUUACCUCCCUGGGAUGAAUAUUCCUCUAAUAAAAUUCUGGCAAACUUGACUCAAAUAAUAACCACUUGUCUGGAAAAUGCUGAGGAAUUGGGAGCAAAAAGUCUUGCAUUUCCUAUAUUAGGAGCUGGGGUAUUGAAGUACCCUGUUGAAGAACUACCCAGAACUAUGUAUGAAGCAGUGAAAAGCUACUCAAAUCUAAAUUCAAGCCGGAUCAAAGACGUUUGCUUUGUGGUUUAUCCUCAAGAUACAGAAGUAGUAAAGAAAUUUGAAGAAUAUUUCCAAGGAAACACAACAGGUAGUUCAGCUGCAUCAUCAGAAUCAGUCUUUGAUAGAUGGUCAUCAAUGGGAGACAAGGAAUUAAUUAAAAUUGUUCCAGUCACAAAUGGACCAGAAUAUGAUGACAUCCAGGCCACUUUCCGUCGGAAUUUGCCUUCCUAUCAUAUAAUCAAAAUUGAGAGAAUUCAAAAUAAAACAUUAUGCCAGAGAUACAAAGCAUUGAAAGAACAAUUUGAGGCAGAAAAUCCAAAGAUUACAAAUGAAGUUGAUGGCCUUUGGCAUGGUACUACUGCAGAAUGUGUUGAGAGAAUAAAUAGAUAUGGAUUCAACUGUAGAUAUUGUAGUAAAAAUGGCACAUAUGGUGAAGGUGUUUAUUUUGCCAAAAGCAUCCGAUAUUCUGCAGAUGAUACCUAUUCUACUCCUGACCAUCACAAAAUAAAGACAAUAUACAAAUGCAGUGUUCUUGUGGGAAGAGUGAUUCAAGGACAACGUAGAUUAAAAGUUUUACAUGGUUCUUACAAUUCUGCUGUUGAUGAUAUUCAAAGACCCGAUAUUUAUGUUACUUUUGAUGACUCUCAAGCAUAUCCUAAUUAUUUGAUUACAUUCUCUAAGGCUUCAGUAACACUUUGAGUUGAGAUUUGUAAUUCUAAAAGUAUUCAAAUGUUUAACACUAAAACUUCAAUUUUAUAACACUUAAAACUAUUUGAAUUUUUAAAACUAAUGCUGUUCAAAUUUGUAACUGUAAAAUUAUUCAGAUUUGUAACAGGAAAAUUAUUCAGAUUUGUCACAGUUAAACUAUUCAAAUAUUUAACAGUAAAAUUAUUCAAAUUUGUAACAGUGAAACUAUUCAAAUUUGUAACAGUAAAAUUAUUCAAAUUUGUAACAGUGAAACUAUUCAAAUUUGUAACAGUAAAAUUAUUCAAUUUUGUAACAGUGAAACUAUUCAAAUUUGUAACAGUAAAACUAUUCAAAUUUGUAACAGUGAAACUAUUCAAAUUUGUAACACUAAAAUUAUUCAAUUUUGUAACAGUGAAACUAUUCAAAUUUGUAACACUAAGAUUAUUCAAAUUUGUAACAGUGAAACUAUUCAAAUUUGUAACAGUAAAAUUAUUCAGAUUUUUGACACUAAAACAAUUGAAUAUAUUUUAACAUUUUCUUUUUUGUUACAUUAGAUGUAAUUAUUGCUUAAAAUAAAAUGAAGGCUGCAGGUUCAAAUCCA